AUCACAAUAAUCCACAGCACUCCAGUCCAUCAGUGAACAUCUGGAGAAGACAAAAGCUGAAACACAUCCAGCAUUAAGAUGAUUUUAACUCCUAAUCUGAUCCCUGGGAUGUUACAGUUCUCCAAAUCUGUUCCCAUGAAGAAACAAACUCAUCCUAAUCUUGGAUGAAAUGAGGAUGGUAAAGUACUGAAGAUGUCAUCAGAAGUGAAACUCAAGCCGUGUGAAUGACCUGAUGAUCUGUUCCAGACAGAACUCAGUGUUUGAUUGUUAAUAGAUAAUCUCUGAUGCACACUGAACUUUGUCUCUGCAAACACUCACAACACAACAGACUCGGCAGCCCGUCAGUGAGUAUGAAUCUGACUGCAUGUGUGUAUUUAGUUCAUAUUUUCAGAUCUCAGGUCUGGUUUUAUUGUUUAGUGUUUGUUGCUUUCAAUACUAAUGGAUUUUCUUCAGUAACGAGUGAAGAAUGAUGAAUUCUGGGUCUCUGUGUGUAUAAUAUGAAGCAACGUGUCUCUAACAUAAUGAUAACUCAAUAGAAGCUGUUUUUAUGUUUUGUAUCUUCAGGUCCAGGGAUUUUUAAAUAAACGAUAAUAAAAUGGAGUUAAGAGUGCUGUUCACCCUCGUUUAUUCGUCUGGUUUUCUGUGCGUCCUUAAAAGCCAAGAGCCCAAAGCUCCUGAUGUCACGGAUCUGGCCUUCAAAAAUAUUGACUUCGCCAUGAACCUCUACCGCAAGAUAUCAAGCUAUCAUGACAAAAACAUCUUCUUCUCACCGCUGAGCGUUUCCACGUCUUUCGCCACGCUCUUACUGGCCGCCAAGGGCUCGACACACAGUCAGAUCCAGAAGGGACUGAAUCUGGACUCUCUGGACGGGACAGGACACGCCACGCUCAUCCCACAGCUCUUUGAGCAGCUGCAGAAGAACAUCUCACAGGACGGAAAACUGCACAUGGAGCAGGGCACGGCUCUCUUUGUGGACGAGCGCUUUAACGUGGAGACAGUCUUCAGCGAUCAGAUCAAGACCUUCUUCGGUGCCGAUGUGAACAACGUGGAUUUCAGCAAGCCGGAGCUCAGCAAGAGCACCAUCAACGAGUAUGUGAGCAGGAAGACGGGCGGCAAAGUGAGCGAGAUGGUGUCGAGCAUCGAGCCGCUGACGCAGAUGAUGCUCCUCAACACCAUUUUCUUCCAGGGUGAGUGGGAUCGUCCCUUCAACCCCAACAGCACAGAAAUGAGUCGCUUCUAUGUGGACAAGUACAACAUCGUUCAGGUGCCCAUGAUGGUGAAGGAGGACAGGUUCUCCACGGCUGAAGACCGUGAGCUGCGCGCUCGAGUGCUGCGUCUGCCGUACCGUGGUGGAGCGGCGCUGCUCAUCCUCCUCCCCGACGCCACGGCCGACUACACCGUCAUCGACGACGAGAUCAGCGCCGAGCGAUUCUACAGCUGGAUCAAACACAUGAGGAGCAUGUGAGGCACACUUCAUCCGGGGCGCACUGUAUGAGUCCUCUGGUCCCAGGCCAAAAGCUGUCGUCGUUGCUCGCUAGUUUGACAUGUGCACCAA